AUGGCAGGAGUAGUAGUUUUGAUCUCAUCGAGCAUUGUUCGACCCGUAAACACUAGCCCUUUGGGUCGAGCAAAGAUCCAUCUUACUCCAUUUGAUCUCACUACCCUUCAUAUCGAUUAUACUCAAAGAGGUCUUCUCUUUCUCAAACCCGAUCCAGAUUUCAAUCUCAUCUCUCGACUAAAGUCCCCUCUCUCGACUGCCUUAGAGAUCUUCUUCCCUUUCGCGGGUCGUCUUGUCAAAGUAGAGAAUCAAAAAGACAACACGGUGUCGUUUUCCAUAGACUGCGAUGGCUCCGGCGCUGGGUUUCACCACGCCGAAGCCAAAUCUGUCUCGGUGAGUGAUUUUCUUGAACCUCGUCGUUCUGUUCAAGAUUUCAUUGAGCACUUCUUUCCCGCCAAAGAUUUCAAGAGUUGCGAUGGUGUCUCUGAGCCCUUGCUUGCUUUACAAGUCACCGAGGCGGAGAGGCCGCCACCACCAAGCCGUGAACUUUCUGCCGUGCCCGCUACAAAAGAUCAGGUUUUUCACUUCACAAAGAAAAACAUCUCAGAUCUCAAAGCUAAAGCCUACGGUGAGGUUGGCUCCAGUGACCUAAAACUCUCAUCUCUUCAAGUGGUUACGGCGCAUAUGUGGCGAUCAAUCAUCAGACACAGUGGCUUGAGCCGAGAAGGAGAGACGCAUUGUGAAGUCGCAGUGGACUUGAGACACAGGCUGAAUCCUCCGCUUGAGAAAGAGUGUUUUGGGAAUAUGAUCUAUCUUUCACCAGCUAGAGCAACCGUGGAAGAGCUGCUGGAUCGUGGCCUAGGGUGGGCUGCUCUUCGAAUAAAUGAAUUAGUGAGAUCGCAAACGAAUGAAAAGCUUAAAACUUUUGCAGAGGAUUGGGUUAGGAAUGUAAAGAUUCUGAAAUCAGGCCUAGGAAGUAAAAUGGAUGGUGAUACCAUAGUCGUCGCAAGCUCUCCUCGGUUCGAAGUGUACAACAACGAUUUCGGUUGGGGGAAACCGCUUGCAGUUCGAGCUGGACCGGGCAAUAGUAUCAGCGGCAAGCUUGUGCUAUUUCCAGGGAUCGAAGAAGGAAGUAUCGAUGUUCAGGCGACGCUAUGGCCUAAUGUACUAGUGAAUCUACUAGACGAUGCAGAGUUUUUAGAAAAUGUCACUAUUGCAUCUGCAUGA